AUGCUUAGCCAGCACCUAUCCUAUCAACCUGACACAUGGGCACUGGCUUGGAAACCAGAAACAGAACCUCAUUAUCGAAGACACGAUCUUCAACCGGCAAUCUACAUUAAGGAUACGCCCGUCCUCAUGGCAUCGACGAAGGGGGAUCCCGCUAGGGACCCAAAACCGUUUGUCAAUCCUUACAAAAAUCUGGAUUUGCCACCUGAAGCCUUUACCUUUGGUAAACAGUACCUUGAAGGCAGUACCAGCGUGCCCCGUCCGGGAUUCAAUACCACUGGUCGCGAGGUUAUGCUAAUCCUCAACGCUUAUCCUAUUACCGGGUUUCCCACUCAGAACGUAUAUCAGUAUGAUGUGACCAUCUUGAAGAUCGGCAAGGAGCAUGAACAGCCUCCACCCCGCUCGCGAAAGUUUGCUUGGGAUACCACCGCUAGAAAGAACACCUGGAAGGAUAUGAUUUACGAUGGCAACAAGCUUGCCUGGUCCUCCAACAGCUAUGACGAGAUGAAGUCGGUAGAAGUCAAUCUUAACAACAAGAUUGACAAUGACAAGCCGCCUGCUUAUCGCAUUAUCGUUCGGAAGGCGAAGGCCAUCAACCUCCAAGUCCUUCAAAGCUGGCUACAAAAGAAGGCUUCUUUCAACGAGCGAGUUCUUGAAGCGCUUAAUUUCAUGGAUCACCUUUUGCGUGAAUCCCCUUCCACCAAGUACACCCCGGUUAAACGGUCAUUCUUUGAUCCCAUGGAAGAGGGCCACAACUUCGACAGCACUCUUGAUCUUCGAAAGGGUUUCUAUCAAGCCAUUAGACCUGCUUUUGGUGGAAAACUUGUUGUUAACGUCGAUAGCGUUCUUUGCGCAUUUUGGCGGCAGGUGACGCUUGUCAGUCUCGCAGACGGCUUCCUUCGAAAUUUUGACUGGAAGAAAACUGCUCAGGCCCUGAAGCCGAAGAACGUAAAUCCUCAAAACCCCUUUGCCGGAUACGUAUACAGCAAGGCUCACACUCAUAUCUGGAAUAAACUGCGCCAUCUGGAGGUCAAACCAGUCUUCAAAGGCUGUACUACCGACCGCAAAUUGCGCAUUCACCAGAUUCUUACUAAGAAUGCAUACGAAUGGACAUUCCUGUGGACAGAUCCCGCUACGGGAAAAGAACAAGACAUUUCAAUUUUCGAUUACUUCAAGCGCAAAUAUAACUUGACACUUUACUGCCCAGAAUUGCCUGUGGUCGAGAUGACGACUCAACCCCGCAGAACUUUUUACCCUAUGGAGUGCCUCCAAGUCGUUGGGCUACAGCGGUACAAUCACAAGCUGAGCGAAAAGCAAACCGCCGAGAUGAUUAAACAUGCGGUUCGUCGUCCUCAAUUUCGAUUCAGCGAUAUCGAAACCGCCAAGGCGAAGCUCGAUCAUUCCACAGACCCUAUGCUCAAACGUUUCGGUAUGAAGAUCUCAGACCAAGCAAUUUUAACCAAGGGUCGUCUUCUCCCUGCACCAGAGAUCCAGUUUGCGAAUGCCAAACAUAAUCCGCAAACUCAAGGUCGUUGGGACUUGCGUGGCAAGAAGUUCCUUGAGACCAACAAAAUCCCUGUGAAAUCUUGGGGUGUUGGUAUCUUCAAGCAAGGCCGAAAUGGUAUGACUUUGCAACAAGCAGAGGAAUUUCUUCGAUUGUUUUCCAAGCAGUACGAAGGUCACGGUGGCUCUAUCGUUGGUCGGCCAGUCAUCCUCGAACUCACUGGUGAUACUGCUGAGGGCGUUCAUCGCCUUUGGGUGACCACUGGCAACCACUUCAAACAACGCCCACAGCUACUCCUUUUUAUUGUACCCAAUAAAGAUACUCUUGUCUAUCACCGAAUCAAGAAGUCCUGUGACUGUCGAUUUGGAGUUGCUUCUCAGGUCUUGCAGCGAGCUCAUGUGGAGCGCAAACAACCUCAGUAUAUAUCCAAUGUGGCCAUGAAAGUCAACGCUAAGCUGGGCGGUGUGACUUGCAAGGUCGCUCCCCGUCAAGACUCACUCAAUCGUGCGGGUUGCAUGAUCAUCGGUGCGGAUGUAUCCCAUGCAGCACCUGGCAGUACUGCUGCGUCGUUGACUGCCAUAUCUGUGUCUGCCGAUCAGAACUGCGUCAAAUACAUGGGUAGUUGCCAAACUGGUUAUAGCCGAGUGGAGAUGAUUGAUGAGGAUAACAUGAAGAAUAUGCUCACCCCCUUGGUCGAUGAAUGGACCAAGAGAGUCGGAAAUGGGCGUCGUCCUCAGUGCGUCUACUACUUUCGAGACGGCGUUUCAACUGGGCAGUUCGCGCAGGUGCUUGAGAAGGAAGUUCCUAUCAUCAAAGAUGUUAUUUGCCGUGGUAGCGGUGAAAAGACAGUUCCAAAAAUCACUGUGGUUAUUGCCAACAAGCGUCACCACAUACGGGCAGCUCCACGAGCAAACGACAAGGCUGCAUCAGACAAGAACGGAAAUGCGCUCCCCGGUACCCUGAUUGAACGCGAUGUCACCAGCCCACAUGACUGGGACUUCCUCUUGAUUUCGCAUGUGGCUCUGCAAGGAACGGCGAAGCCUGUUCAUUAUCACGUUAUUCGCGAUGAAAUGAAGCACCAACCGGCGCAACUUCAGAACAUGAUUAACAAUCAUUGUUAUCAAUAUGUUCGAUCUACGACCUCGGUGUCUCUAUUUCCAGCAGUUUACUACGCGCACCUGAUCUCAAAUCGCGGAAAGUGUCAGAGCCAGGACGAGUUCUUUGAAAGCUCGGAGGAGUCUGAUUCUCCUAUCAACCAAUCUGCUGCCCCAAAGAAAUUGCUUCUCAUGAAGAAAGACAGUGGUAACCAUCUGGAUAUGUGGUUCGUUUAG